AUGAUUCAGGUAUCCACAAACCUUUACCUUAAUCACCCCACUACCAACGGUACAACUCCGGCCGAACCUAAAAGCAAACAUCAUCACCGUGGACGUCGUGGAAGUCGUCGACGUACAUCCUCUGCUAGUCAUCAAGAUGAUAGCCCAGCUUUGCAAUCCAUCCAAGACCUUAUUGCAGAGAUGCGUCGUCUACCCCAUUUGGAUGAUGACUCUGCUGAUCGUAACAACCACCUCAAAAUACACGAUUGGCCUUCACAACGUAGCCGGCGUCAUUCUGAACCACCACUUGGACUCUCAUCCAACACAGCAACAGCUAUACAACAACAACAAGAACCUCCUUCACCAUCAUCCUCUUCCACACAUCCAUUGGCUGUUGUUGGUACUACUACUACUACAAGUCCUACUACUACUACUACAUCUUCAACAAUAUCAUGGUCAGCCAUAGCGGCACAAAAUCCAGAAAAAGCACCAGUGGGAAUACAUGGUGCAUCAUCAUCAUCAUCAUCAUCAGCAGCAGCAGCAACGGGUCAUCUGGCAGUUCCAUUUCCGAAAAGGGGACGUAGCCGAUCAUUACCCCAUAUUACAGUACCUGCUCCAUACAAUGGUCAACAAGCACCAACAACAGCACGACGACAAUUGUAUGCCACCCAUCUUCCUGUACCCGAUGCCAUGCAUCUUGUUGAACAACACGAGUUGUAUGCUGGUACUUUGGCUGUUGAUUGGAAAGAUAGCUCUGACGCGUAUGUGGUAUGUGAAGAGCUUGGUCGUAUUUACAUUUAUGGAUCUCGAAAUCGCAACCGUGCUUUACAUGGUGACAUGGUGGCCGUCGAACUAGUGGAUGUUGAAACCAUGAUGGCUGAAAAAGCUGCAAAAAAGCAAGCGCGUCGUAGAUCCUCGGUGAUGCUAUCAACCUCAUUGCAUUCGAUUCCUGAAAACGCACCUAGUCCAACGUAUUGUGGUCGUGUUGUCAGCAUCCUUGAAAGACCCAAACGCAUGUUGUUUUCCGGCACAUUGGCUAUUGAUCGUCCAAGCAGCACCCAACAACAACAACAAGAGCAACAACAUGACAAAAGAAAAGGACCACCUAAAAUCAUUUGGUUUGUGCCAGCUGAUAAACGACUCCCACUUGUGGCAGUGCCCGUCAAACAUGCACCUUCAGGAUUUCUCAAGCAUCACGAAGAAUUUAAGAAUCGUAUAUUCACCGGGAGUGUACAACGUUGGCCAGUGACAUCCUUACAUCCUUUUGGUUCUAUUGAACGCGAAAUUGGGUGGAUGGGAGAACUUCCAGUACAUUCCAAAGCAUUGAUGUCUGAUCACCAUCUCAAAGAUAUCGAUUUUACACCUACUGUGCUUCAAGAAUCAUCCACUUGCCCCAAUCAUGCUACGGCUACUGGUAGUCCUCAUGAAAAAGAGCAUGGUCGACUCGAUUUGAGAUCGCUUCAUGCCUUUACGCUGGAAUCCAAUGAUCAUGCGUUUUCGAUCAAGCCAUUGGAUAAUGGUUUGUUUGAGGUGGGUGUACACGCGGUCGAUGUGGCUAGCAUGAUACGACCCAACACCAUCACCGAUCGUGAGGCUCGUGAGAGAGCUGUGGCUGUACGACUUGUUGAGCGUACCGUGCCUAUGCUUCCAGAAGCAUUUGCAUUAGAGCAUGCAAGAUUGAUACCCGGAAAGGAAAGGCCGGCUUUGUCGGUUCUUUGUCAUGUGACCAAGAAUGGAAGCCUGAUGCAUACCUGGAUAGGCAAGACGCUGAUACAAGCGUGUGAAGGGAUGAAUGAUAUAGAUUAUCAAGACCAACUUUUGGACAUUUGUCAAUCAUUGCAAACACGUCGUAUUCAAGAAGAUGGUGGAUUAUGCCUUGCGCGAUCAUACCAAAAAUUUGAUAUAAUGAACGACAAUGGAUAUCCAUGUCAAGUGACACGUGUACAUGAGCACAAGCAUGAUACGAAUGUACUUUUACGAGAAUUGAUGGUGUUGGCAGGACAGCAAGUAGCACAAAAAAUCUUGAGCAGGUUCUCGGAAGAAGCCUUGCUAUGUCAUCAAUUAGAAACCACUGCAUGCUCAUCGUCCUCUCAGCAGGACUUGGUCAGAGAUUAUUUGGAAAAGGACACUGGGUCCUUCACAGAGUUGAUUAAGGCUGCUGAACAAGUAGUGGAUCAAAACAAGCGCGAUGCGUUAUUACACAUGUUGCAACCCAACCCAGAGAAAUACGUUUGCAGUGGCACCUUGGAUAUUUCUCAGUACCGACACGGUGCCUAUGCCGUACCAUUGUAUACCGUAUUUGCACAACCUCUUGACAAGUAUGCAUGUUUGGUUGUUCAACGUCAAUUGCAUGCGGCACUCAAAGGAGAGGGUCCAUGUGAGAAACAACACCCUAUUGAAAAGGUGGCUCGGCAUUGUAAUUCCAAGGAAGCUGCCGAGCGAGAUGCUGAGCAAGCGAGUAAAGCACUGUAUACAUCAGCCUAUGUGUACCGUGAAUGUCUUGAAGGACGACCUGUCAUUCAGCAAGCGGUGGUCAUAGGUAUUCAACAUCACGCACUGACGCUAUACAUUCCCGAUUAUGAUCUUCAAAAGGACGUGCAUUUGCUCAACCAUCCAGGGCUAUUGCAUACUACUUUUCAUUCGGCCGACCAUAGUAUGGAGUUGACAUGGGAAGGGGAUGAGAUUUCUCAAGCUGAAGAAGAACCACCAUCCUCUUCGUCAGUGGCAGCAGCAGCAGAUGAUCAUAAUAGUGACCUCGUGUUGACCGUGGAUGAUGAAGAACACGGCCUACGACACACAUCCACGUCCAUAGUUGAAUUUAUGUCAUGUAUUGAUAUUAGGAUCACGUCUGAUAUGAAAGUUGUCAGGCCAUGUUUGGAUAUCCAAUUGGUCAACCCACUCUUGCAGUAA